UCUCUCUCUGGUCUACUCCCUGCUUUGUGUCGCAGCAGUUUUUUACUUUGACUUUGUCUUGUUGUGACGCAGAUGUUUCCUCCACAUUAAACAUUUGCAGGUGAGGACUCUGCUAUGAGUCAGUGUGAGGACAGAGAGGAGGGAGCCCCUCCCUCUAAAAAGCCCACUCUGUGUGGGGACCAUGACAGCCAGACCAAAGCUCAGAGGAUGCAGCAGCAGAAACCAGGACUUGAACCCAGCUGUGUGUCCAUGAAGAGUGACUGGUCUAUGGGUUGUCCUAUUAAAUUUAAAGAUGGACAAGCUGCUGAUGAAAGUCUACUGCAAAGACGUGAACCAGGACCUGAACCCAGCUGUGUGUCCAUGAAGAGUGACUGGUCUAUGGAUCGUCCUAUUAACUUUAAAGAUGGACAAGCUGCUGAUGGAAGAGUUCAACAGGAGAGAUCAGAGGGCCUCGAUGGUCAGUCUGCCCAGCUGCAUCAAACAGACCUGGACUCCAUAUUUAUGCUGCUGGAGGAGAACAUUGUCACCUUUGUGAAGACCGAGCUGAAGAAGAUCCAGAAGGUUCUGAAUCCAGAUUACCCAGAAUUCUUAGAGAGUCAGAAGAAGGCUGAGGAUGUGUUGGACGGUGAGGAUGAAGAGCAGAGUAGGAGCAGCAGAGACGCAUUUCUGAAGAUUACACUGCACUUCCUGAGGAGAAUGGAGCAGGAGGAGCUGGCUGACCGUCUGCAGAACAGAAGUGAUUCUGGAGUUUGUCAGUGUAAACUCAAGACUAACCAGAAUAAAAGGUUCCGGUGUGUGUUUGAGGGGAUUGCUAAAGCAGGACAUCCAACCUUCCUGAAUCAGAUGUUCACAGAGAUCUACAUCAUGGAGGGAGGGACUGCAGAGAUCAACGAUGAACAUGAGGUCAGACAGAUUGAAAUAGCAUCCAGGAAACCAGACAGACCAGAAACAAUAAUCAGAUGUGAAGACAUCUUUAAAACCCCACCUGGAAGAGAUGAACCAAUCAGAACAGUGAUGACUAAGGGAGUGGCUGGCAUCGGGAAAACAGUCUUAACACAGAAGUUCACUCUAGACUGGGCUGAAGGCAAAGCCAACCAGGACAUCCAGUUCACAUUUACAUUCACUUUCAGAGAGCUGAAUGUACUGAAAGACAAAAAGUACAGCUUGGUAGAACUUGUUGAUCGCUUCUUCAGUGAAACCAAAGAAGCAGGAAUCUGCAGGUUUGAAGAGUUCCAGGUUGUGUUCAUCUUUGACGGUCUGGAUGAGUGUCGACUUCCUCUGGACUUCCACAACACUGAGAUCCUGACUGAUGUUACAGAGUCCACCUCAGUGGAUGUUCUGCUGACAAACCUCAUCAGGGGGAAACUGCUUCCCUCUGCUCGCCUCUGGAUAACCACACGACCUGCAGCAGCCAAUCAGAUCCCUGCUGAGUGUGUUGACAUGGUGACAGAGGUCAGAGGUUUUACCGACCCACAGAAGAAGGAGUACUUCAGGAAGAGAUUCGGAGAUGAGGAGCAGGCCAGCAGAAUCAUCUCCCACAUCAAGACAUCACGAAGUCUCCACAUCAUGUGCCACAUCCCAGUCUUCUGCUGGAUCACUGCUACAGUUCUGGAGAAGGUGUUAAAGACCAGAGGGGGAGGAGAGCUGCCCAAGACCCUGACUGAGAUGUACAUCCACUUCCUGGUGGUUCAGUCCAAACUGAAGAACGUCAAAUAUCAUGGAAAAUCUGAGAUAGAUCAACACUGGAGUACAGAGACCAGGCAUAUGAUUAAAUAUCUGGGAAAACUGGCUUUUGAGCAGCUGCAGAAAGGCAACCUGAUCUUCUAUGAAUCAGACCUGACAGAGUGUGGCAUCGAUAUCAGAGCAGCCUCAGUGUACUCAGGAGUGUUCACACAGAUCUUUAAAGAGGAGAGAGGACUGUACCAGGACAAGGUGUUCUGCUUCGUCCAUCUGAGUGUUCAGGAGUUUCUGGCUGCUCUUCAUGUCCAUCUGACAUUCAUCAACUCUGGAGUCAACCUGCUGGCAGAAGAAGAAUCAACAUCCCAGAAGACUGAAACCAGAGAAGAUGGAUCUUCACAGUUCUACCAGAGUGCUGUGGAUAAGGCCUUACAGAGUCCAAAUGGACACCUGGAUUUGUUCCUCCGCUUCCUCCUGGGUCUUUCACUAGAGACCAAUCAGACUCUCCUGCGAGGUUUGAUGACACAGACAGGAAGUAGCUCAAAGACCAGAAAGGAAACAGUCGAGUACAUCAAGACGAAGUUCAGUGAGUGCAGUCUGUCUGCAGAGAGAAGCAUCAAUCUGUUCCACUGUCUGAAUGAACUGAAUGAUGGUUCUCUAGUGGAGGAGAUCCAACAGUACCUGAGUUCAGGAAGUCUCUCCACCGAUAAACUGUCUCCUGCUCAGUGGUCAGCUCUGGUCUUCAUCUUACUGUCAUCAGAAAAAGAGCUGGACGUGUUUGACCUGAAGAUAUACUAUUCUCCAUACGCUUCAGAGGAGGCCCUUCAGAGGCUGCUGCCAGUGGUCAACGCCAACAAACUUCUACUGAGUGGCUGUAACCUUUCAGGGAGAAGCGGUGAAGCUCUGUCUGUAGUUCUCAGCUCCAAGUCCUCUAGUAUGAGAGAGCUGGACCUGAGUAGCAACAACCUACAGGAUUCAGGAGUGAGGCAUCUGUCCUCUGGAUUGGAGAGUCCACACUGCAGACUGGAAACUCUCAGACUGAGUGGCUGUAACCUGUCAGAGAGAAGCUGUGAAGCUCUGUCUUCAGUUCUCAGCUACCAGUCCUCUAGUCUGAGAGAGCUGGACCUGAGUUACAAUGACCUACAGGAUUCAGGAGUAAAGCAUCUGCCCUCUGGAUUGGAGAGUCCACACUGCAGACUGGAAACUCUCAGACUGAGUGGCUGUGACCUUUCAGAGAGAGGCUGUGAAGCUCUGUCCUCAGUUCUCAGCUCCCAGUCCUCUAGUCUGAGAGAGCUGGACCUGAGUAACAAUGACCUGCAGGAUUCAGGAGUGGAGCAGUUGGCUCCUGGAUUGAAGAGUCCACACUGCAGACUGGAAACUCUCAGUCUCUCAGGCUGUAUGAUCUCAGAGGAAGGCUGUACUUCUCUGGCCUCAGCUCUAAGCUCCAACCCCUCCCAUCUGAGAGUGCUGGACCUGAGCUACAAUCAUCCAGGAGACUCAAGAGUGAAGCUGCUUUCUACUUUACUGGAGGAUCCAAACUGCAGACUGGACACUAUCAGGGUGGACUAUGGUGGACCACAGAGACUGAGACCUGGUCUGAGGAAGUAUGCCAUUGAACUGGAAGUGGACACAAACACAGUACACAGAAAACUCAUACUGUCUGACAACAACAGGAAGGUGACAGGUGUGGAGGAGCUUCAGUCAUAUCCUGAUCAUCCAGAGAGGUUUGACUACUGGAAACAGCUGCUGUGUAGAAAUGGUCUGACUGGUCGCUGUUACUGGGAGGUCGAGUGGAGAGGACAGAUUAAUAUAGCAGUGAGUUACAGAGGAAUCGACAGGAGAGAAGAGAAUAGUGCGUUUGGACAUAAUGAUCAGUCCUGGAGACUGCACUGCGCUAGAUCACAAUACUAUGUCUGGCACAAAAAGAAAUGCAGAUACAUCACCACCUCCCCCUCUACUGGAAGAGCAGCAGUGUAUGUGGACGUUCCUGCCGGCACUCUGUCCUUCUACACAGUCUCCUCUGACUCACUGAUCCACAUCUACACCUACAACACCACAUUCACUCAACCUCUUUAUCCUGGGUUUCUGGUCUGGUCUGGUUCCUCAAUGUCUCUGUGUCCUCUGCAGGACUGAGAGUCUCUCCUGUGGACAGAAACACUGACUGAAGAUCAGCUGCUGAAAUCAAAGUUCAGUCUGUUCACCAUCACACACACUCUGCACUGUGAAGCAGAUCUGAGACUCAAACACAAAAACAUUCAUCUGAUUUCAUCUCUGGGAUUAUCAACAUUUUAGCUGUUUGACUAAAAACACUUCAUGAUAUGUAACAUCUAA